UCUGUUACUACCACAAAUACUCGCCCUUAUAGUAUAAAUGCAGAAGAACCUGCGCCAGUUCUACAGUUGCCAGCAUUUACUCGACAGCGUCACUUCUCCUGGGUGCCGAAAGCGUCAGUUGUUUGCUACUCCGGUUGGAUCAAGGUUGAAAAGAUGGCUUCAUCGUAUGGAAACGAAGACUUCGCCGAGGUCCUCGACCGAACCGUCGGGAGGUAUGGCAGCUUAAGCAUCAUCGUUGUACAGCUGCAGCAGCUUACAGGAGGCGGCAGGGGCUUUAGGGACGUCCUGUCAUCCUACAAGGCAAUGCCGGAGUGGUCAUCAGAAGAAGCCAGUAACUUCAGGCACAUGAUGGGGCUUAUCAAAGAUGCCUGCACUAGCUUCGGCAAGGUCGAGGAAGCGGCACGUGCAUAUGUCCUUCGUACAAAAGAAUUUGCGAAAGAAAACCUUGAGUUCGCUGAAGAUGUCCAAGAGGGCCUAGGGCCGGAGGACUUGGAGGAUCUGCUUGCUGAUUGGGUGGCGAGCAUCGAUGAGAUGAAAGAAUCCAAUGGCAAGAUAGAGAUCGUGAAAGACGAAUUCGAGAAUGUUCUGGGUAAGCUGGAAACAGCCCAGGGACACGCCGCGAGUGGCAAGAGCAGCGGAAAGAGGGAUGCCGAAGAGGCGAGCAGAAACUCGCUCCUAUAUUCCGUCGGUGGUGCUGUAGGGACAGCCGUAGGCGGAGUUGCUACCAUUGCAACUGGUGGCCUUGCUGCUAUCCCAAUUGGCGCGGCCACAGCGGCAUUUGGGGGCUGGUCUUUUGGUUCAGCAAUCAAGUCCGCUGCUGAUUCAAUAAAAGGAUUCUUUUACUGCCCUGUGACAACUUCGGACGAUUCAUCCAUACAGGACAAGUACAGGGACUGGGAGAAGGCGUUCGCUCUCGCCGCACGGCAACUGGACAGCGCCUACGCUUUCGUAGGCAAAAUGACGGAUGAAAGCAAGAAGACUCUGAAUGAUCUGUCCGAGUACAGCAGACAGCUUCUGAGCAGGUCGAAGAAAAUGGCAAAAGCAGAAAAGAUCUCACGAAUCCAGGAGAGUAAGCUCGUCCAGAAGCAAUUCAAGCGACUGGAAGAUGAAUCAAAGACAGUGAAGAAAGCCUGCAUUGCCUACAUUGAGAAGGACAACGAGGCUCGCGGAAUAACCGGAACCAUGGCCCAGCUGAGUCUUGAGCAAGAGAACCUGCGCAAGCCAGUUCCACAGUCAGCAGAUCACUCGACGCCCUCAAGUUUUGCAGAGCGAACGUCCUCUGGAGAAGAGGCGGCACAAAGCGUCAGUUAUUCGCCACUCCGGUCGGAUCAAGCUAGGGAAGAAAUGGAUGUCGAGGAAGAGUUCAUUGCAAUCUUCGACCUAACGGUCGUGAGGUUUGGUGGCCUCAGCGGAAACAUAGGUCAGCUGCAGCGGGUGAUAGGAGGCAACAAGAACUUUAAAGAUGUCCUGGCAUCCUACAGGCACGUGCCGGACAUGUCGUCAGAAGAGGGCCGAAAGUACAGGAACAUGAUGGAGCUAAUCGAAGAUGCUUGCAACAGCUUAGACAAGAUCGCGGAAGCACAGCGCCAAUAUGUCCUUCGUACGAAGGAAUUCGCCAAGGACAACAUCGACUUCAUAAGCGAUGCCCAGGGGAACCUAGAGGCGGAGGACAUAAGGGAGCUUGUCAGCGACUGGAAAGACAGCAUCGACAAAAUGACAGAAUACAACGACAAGAUUGAAACUGUGAGCGACCGCUUCAACAGGGUUUUGAGAGAUCUGAGGACGGCCCAGGGAGAAGCAGCAAGUGGCAAAGAGCGAGGAAGGAAGGGUGAACGAGAUGCAGACAGAGGCACAGCAGCAUGCGCCACGGGAGCAGUUGGGUCUGCAGGUGUAGCAGCCGCCGCAACUGUUGCAACCGGCGGCCUUGCUGCUCCAAUCAUCGGGAUCGGGGCGGUUGUGUCAUUUGGUCUGGGAGCACUGAAGUUUGCUUCUGAUUCGAUAUGCCGAUUAUUUAAAGGCCCUGAAACGGACGAUUCAUCCAUACAGGAAACCCACAAGAAGUGGAAGGAGGCAUUUGCUCUCGUCUCCAAACAACUGGACGACGCCUAUGGGUACAUAAAGUCUCUGACGGAAGAGAGUAAGAAGAUAUUGACUGAUCUGUCUACGAACAGCCAGCUACUCGCAGAAAAAUCCAAGAAGAUGGCCAAACAACAAAAGAUUAUGAGGAGCAGCCGCUGGCAGAGUCAAUUCACCCGACUGGGCGAGAAGUCAAAUGACGUGAAGACGGCCUGUAUUGACUACAUCAGGAAGGACAACUCCGUUCGUGGGAUAACCGGAACUACGGCCAGGCUCAGUCUUGAGUAGAACAUCUAGACAACGGUAACGUAACCAUUCGUGGAUGAUCUGUGACACAAAGCAACGUAAUCAAUGUGAACUAUGUUUUUACAGCCUGAAACGUUUGAAUAAUAGUAGUAGAAAGCCAUUGUUGAGUCACACGAACGAAAGAGUUGUUGUAGUCACAGUUGUUUGAAUGAAAUAUUGUAACAG